AUGUGGUUAGCUUAUGUACAAGAAACUCCAACCUACAGCUUGACAACAGCAGUUGAAAAUUUGGCACAACUUUUUAGUAAUUUGGAAUUUGACGCGGAGCAUGAAGCUAAUUGUGGAUUUGAAAGGUUCAAAACGAUCGAAGAAUGUAUGGAACUUGCAAGAAAAUAUAGCAAAGCGGAGGAGGCUUGUAAUACCUACUUACAUACUUUGGAUCUGACAACAUUCCUUACUACCAUAAAACACAUGGAUUUUGCUCAUUUUUUAGAUAAAGUGAAAAGAAAAUCAGUGAGAGAAAAAUAUCAUAAUUUGAAACUAGCAAGCACGACAACACAAUCACAAUUGGAACAAACCUAUAAACCAAUAACAGAACCACUAAAACAACUAAUUUCUACUAUAGGUGAACCGAUAGUACUGAAAGAAGAACCCUUUAGUUUAAAAGAAGAAUUUGUAACACCAAAAAAAAAAUACGAAACUUCAACACCAAGCAAACAGAGAAUAGUUCGAAAAACAGGAAAAACUCCCAUUUCACCAUCAGAGACACCAUCAUUUCUUGAUACUAGUGUUGCUUCUGUUAGUCAAUUUCCUUCUAUACAGGAAACAACUGUUUUAGCUGAAACUAGUCCUUUUCCAAAAGGUAGUACUAGUGAAAGUUUAAAUUUGUCCGAUAUAUUGGAACAAACUAAGCAAUCAAUUAAAAAUUAUAUAGACUCCCCAUCUUACCAAGUGUAUUUGUCAGAUUUUCAUAAAUUACCUAGAUCCUAUAUUGAUGGAAGCGUAAGGGAUACAGAACAUAAAUUCGAUCAUAAUUAUGGAGUAGUUCAUGAUAUUGAUGGUGAAAAAUUUUUUCUGGGUCUAACACAAAAACCCGUGAAAAUAGUUGGUAAAAAUAUUGUAGUAGAGGGUAGAACUUAUGAGGGUACUGUGGGUUUAUACGAAUUACUUUUUAAAAAGGAACCUGUUGGCUUCAAACCCAAAGAUUUGGAUAAUUAUAUGGACAUUUUGAAAAUAACAAAUGCAUACCGUAGAAAUAAUGACCCCAAUGAACAAGUUCAAGGAACCGCAUCUACGAAAUAUAUUACAAUUAUAGGUCCAUAUCUUCAAAAGAAAGGAAUUACAAAAUCUAAAACAAUAAAUCCCGUUAGACCAACUACUGCAUUCGAAAAACCUAUUGCCCCAUAUCGAAUAAUUGAUAAAUUCGGUCGUCAUAUUUCGAAACGUAAUUCAAUGAAUAAAACGUCACUAGAAAAUAUCGAUUUUUCUACCGUUGAAAAUACAAUUUUAAACAACUUGAAAAAAGACCUAACUUAUUUUGGAAAAAAAAUAAAUGAAGAUUUUGAGAAUAGAUUAAAACAGGAUGUGAUUAAUGUUAAUAAAAGGUUGAAUGAAAAUGAUGUAAAAAUCGAAAAUACUGCAAAAAAAAUUAAGCUUUUUGAAAAUGAUUUAAAAAAAGACAUUAUUGAUUGUAGUGCAUCAACAAAAAAAAAUUAUGAAAAGCUAACAAAAUUUGAAGGUGAUAUUGAAACAAUAACAAAAUAUCAUAAUGAUGUUAUUGAUUUGAAAAAUUAUUUUGAAACCGAAAUAACAAAAUUAAAAACAUACAUGAAUGAAACAUCAAAAAUCGAUAGUUUUCAAAAAAGCAUAGAAGAUAAUCUCAAAUUAAAAUUUGAAAAUUUUUCAACCAAAGUUUAUGAUAGAGUUACGAAAGAAGUAAAGUACUUCAAAAAUAAUCAUGAUAAUAUUGAUAAAAAUAUAAAGCGCUUGGACAGAACUUCAAAUUUAAAUGCACUACUACGAAAAAAAAAUACUGACGAUAUCGCAUUUAUAAAGGAGCAAUUAAACACAAUUUUGACACAAAUUCCAAAGCUAACAUCGAUACAAAGUUCAAGUGAAGAAGAAGUACGUAAUCUUAAAAUUAAAAUAAAUGACAUUGAAAUGAAUACUAAAGAAAUUACUGACUUCAAAAAUCAAUUAAAUAAUAUUUCAUUGGACAUUUCGAGAUUGUCAUCUCUACAAAAUUCAAAGAUGGAAGAACAACUGAAACUCACAACCCAAAUUACUGAAAUAAAAUCGAUUAUCAAAGUGAUUACCGACCUAGAAAAUCAAUUCAAGAUUAUUUCAAUGAAAGUUUUAGAUUUGGGAAAAAAAAUUGAUGAAAUAAAAAAUCUAAAGGUUGAUGAAGACGUAGAGUUCAAAAUUGAUCAAAAAGUUGAACAAAUUAGAAAAUAUGGAACCAAGGAUAUUCAAUUAUUAAAAGAAAAAUUAAAUACAAUUUUAUCACAAGUUUCAGAAUUGUCUUUUACACAAAUUUCAGGCAAAAAAGAAAAAGAACAGCUUAAAAUUGAAUCAGAAAUUGCACAAGUGAAAGAUAAAAUUGAAAAUAUAAGUACAGCUCAACUAGACAAAGUAAAUAAUCUUCUCAAUGGACAAAACCUGGAGGAAGUAUCGUUGAUAAAAAGACGGUUGAUAUUUUCUAUUCAAUCUACAAUUCCAACUAUAAUUAAGAAAUUAAAUGAAGAAUUGAAGAAAAUAGAAGAAGAAGGAUUAGGUGAUGUCGAGAAUAGAACAAUUAAAUAUCUAAGAAUCCACGUUAAAGAUUGUCUUGAUAAUAUAAAUGGAGAAAUUGACAAAAUAUUUGAAUAUUUAAAGGAAACAGAUGAAAAAAUCAUGAUUAAUAAAUUGGAAAAAUGGGGGGAAUCUUACAAAAGCUAUUAUGAUAACUAUUAUUUAAAAAAAUUUAAUAAAUGA